AUGGCGCCGAUGACGAAACCGGAGACGGUGCUGAAGCAGGCGGAAGGACUCGUAUCCGUCGGCCAGACGCACGCCGCGCUCCAAUCAUUGACGGACAUGUUCUCCUCCAAACGCUUCCGCUCGACGCCGCUCGCCUCGCUCGAGCCGAUCAUGAUCCGCUUCGUCGAGCUCUGCAUCGACAUGCGCAAAGGCCGCAUCGCCAAAGAGGGACUAAUGCAGUACAAGAACAUCGCGCAGAACACCUCCGUCGCGUCCAUCGAGGUCGUCGUCCAGAAGUUUAUUCAGCUCGCGGACGCCAAGGUCCAGGACGCGCAAGCACAGGCCGAGAAGGUCACCGCCGACGCGCUGGCGGACGUCGAUGAUCUCGAGGCGACGGAGACGCCCGAGAGCAUUCUGUUGGGCGCUGUCAGUGGCGAUCAGAGCAAGGACAGGACUGAUCGCGCGCUCGUCACGCCGUGGCUCAAGUUCCUCUGGGAGAGCUACAGGACCGCGCUCGAGACGCUCAAAAAUAAUGCCAGGCUCGAGGCCAUCUACCAGAACAUCGCGCAGCAAGCGUUCGCGUUCUGCCUGAAGCACAAGCGCAAGAUCGAGUUCCGCCGUCUGUGCGAGACUCUGCGCCUGCACCUGGCGAACGUGGCCAAGUACGCGCACCAGCCGCACGCGAUCAACCUGCAAGACGCGGACACGCUCCAGCGCCACCUCGACACGCGCUUCGCCCAGCUGAACGCGGCCGUCGAGCUCGAGCUCUGGCAGGAGGCCUUCCGCACCGUCGAGGACGUCCACAACCUGCUGACGAUGGCCAAGAAGGCGCCGCGGCCGAGCAUGAUGGCCAACUACUACGAGAAGCUGACCAAGAUCUUCCUCAUGAGCGGCAACGCGCUGUACCACGCCGCCGCCUGGGCCAAGUACUACUCGGUCGUCACCUCCAUCGGCGGCCGCUCGGACGAGGAGAUGUCGCGCCUCGCCGGCCAGGUGCUCAUCAGCGCGCUCGCCGUGCCCGUCUCGCAGAACGAGCACGCGGCCGACGAGUCGCGCACGCGCACGACGCGCCUCACCGCGCUGCUCGGCCUGCCCAAGCCGCCCACGCGCACGAGCCUCCUCCGCGACGCGCUCUCCCGCAACGUCCUCCGCCUCGCGCCCGACCUCAUCCGCAGCCUCUACGACCUCCUCCAGGUCACCUUCGACCCGCUCACGCUCUGCUCGUCCGUCGCGCCCAAGCUCGUCCUCCUCGCCGAGGACGCCGCCUACGCGCCGUACCUCCCGCUCCUCCAGCGCGCGCUCCUCUCGCGCUUCCUCGUCCAGCUCGCCCAGGUCUACUCCUCGCUCAAGAUAGAGCAUCUGCUCGACAUUCUCGCGCCCCUGCGCGACGCGGCGGAGAAGGGCGCGGGCUCGGCGCAUCUGUACAGCGCGGAGCAGGUCGAGCAGUUCAUCAUGGCCGCUGCGCACGCGGGCGACUUGGCCGUGAGGAUCGACCAUGCCGAGGGGGAGCUGGCGUUCAUGGACGAGCCGUUCCUCAACCUCGAGGACGGGUCCGGCGGGACUGUGCGCGAAGACGCCGUCCAGCCCAGCGCGUCGUCCAUCGUCCGUAGCCGGCUCAGCACCAUCGCCACCACGCUGCACAACACGCUCCAAAUCCUCACGCCCCCCGUCCUGCCCAGCCCCGCCGAGCAACAAGAGCGCCUCGCGACCCUCGUCGCCGCAGCCGAAGCCGAGCGCAAGGCGCUCUCCCUCCGCCGCGCGAUCGUCGCGAAGCGCCGCGAGCUCGUCACGGAGCUGAGCGCGAAGAAGGAGAAGGAGGAGGCGAUGCGCCGCGCGGAGCGGACAAGGGUCGAGGCGGAGGAGGAAAGGAAGAAGCAGAUCGAGGCGGCGCGGAAGCGGGACAUUGAGCGGGCGCGCGCGCAGAUUCAGAGUCAGAGGGAGGAGGAGGCGAGGCAGCUGGCUAAGAGCCUGAAGGAGCGCGGGACGCUCAAGGCCGACAUCGACACGCUCACGGACCUGAACACGGACAGCCUGAUGCAGCUCCAAGUCCAGCAACUCGAAAAAGACAAAAAGGAGCGCGAGGAGCGCCUGCGCGUCGCGAGCAAGCGCAUCGACCACAUCGAGCGCGCGUACCGCAAAGAAGAGCGCCCGCUCCUCGCGCAGGACUACGAGCUCCAGCAGGCGAACGACCGCGCGGCGUUCGAAGAGGCGCAGCGCGUGCGCAUCGAGGAGGCGCGCACGGCACACGAGCGCGAUCUGGACACGAAAAAGAGAUUGAGGAGGAUGCUCCCGGAGUUCGAGCGGCGGCGGGACGAGAUAUUGGGGAAGAGGCGGGAGGAGUACGAGCGCAAGCGCGCGAAGGCGGCCGCGAAGAUCGAGGAGGAGAAGGCCAAGCGGCGCGCGAAGAUCCUGGCCGAGCGCGCGGAAGAAGACGCGCGGCGCGCGGAGGAAGAAAGGAUCCGGCGCGAGCAGGCGGAGGAGGAGGAGCGGCUGCGCGCGGAGCGCGAGGAGGAGGAGGCGCGGGUCGCGGCGGAGGAGGAGGAGCGCGCGGCGCGGGAGGAGGCGGAGAAGCGCGCGGCGGAGGAGAAGCUCGAGGCGGAGCGCAGGGCGCGCCAGGCGCAGCGCGAGGCCGAUUUCGAGGCGGCGCGGAGGAGGGUGCAGGAGGAGGAAGAGCGCGAGGCUCGUCGUGCGGCUGCCAAACGCGCUCCUCCUCCCGCCGUCGCUCCAAGGCCUGUGGCCGCUGCUCCCGAGCCCAUCGCCGCAGGCGGCGGCGGAUGGCGCUCGCGCGCCGCUGCAGCCGCCGCCGCCGGAUCAGGCACGCCUCCGCGCGCAGAGAGCCCCGCGCCGGCGAAGGCUGCGUAUCGUCCGCCUGGUGCUGCUGCGGGUGGUGCGCCCGCGGGCGGAGGAUGGCGCGCGCGUGCGGCUGCUGCUAGGGAGGCGGGCGGGAGCGGAAGUGGAAGCGCCUCGCCCGCGCCCGCGCCGGCUAGUCCGGCGUUGGCACCCACGAGGAGCCUGCCGCAACGCGAGGAGAGGAGGGAUGAUGAUGGGUUUAAGACUGUUGGGAGUGGGGGCGGGAAGUGGGGGGCGUCGCGCUUGCGCCGCGGUUGA